UCUGGCUGUCUGGGGAUGUCGGACGCGGGCGGCGGAGGUCCCGGCGAGGAGGGCGGCCUGGAGGUGCCCGGCUCCGCGGUGCCGAAUGUGGCCGAUGUCUCGGUGCUGCAGAAGCACCUGCGCAAGCUGGUGCCGCUGCUGCUGGAGGACGGCGGGGGGGUCCCGGCCGCGCUGGAGGCGGCGCUGGAGGAGAAGGGGGCCCUGGAGCAGAUGCGCAAGUUCCUCUCCGACCCGCAGGUGCACACGGUGCUGGUGGAGCGAUCCACGCUCAAGGAGGAUGUGAGUGAUGAAGGAGAAGAGGAAAAAGAAAUCAUAUUGUAUAGCAUUAAUAAUGACAUUCAUUAUGGGCUAAAGUCAAACAGUUUGGCGUUCAUUAAGCGUACACCAGUGAUCGAUGCUGACAAACCAGUGUCCUCCCAACUUAGAGUUCUUACUCUUAGUGAAGAUUCUCCUUAUGAAACAUUACAUUCUUUCAUUAGCAAUGCUGUUGCUCCCUUUUUUAAGUCCUUUAUCAGAGAGUCUGGCAAAGCAGACAGGGAUGGUGAUAAAAUGGCUCCAUCAGUUGAGAAAAAAAUUGCAGAACUUGAAAUGGGACUGCUGCAUUUACAGCAGAAUAUUGAAAUUCCAGAGAUCAGUUUGCCAAUUCAUACAAUUAUUACUAAUGUUGCCAAACAAUGUUAUGAGCGUGGAGAAAAGCCAAAGGUUACUGACUUUGGUGACAAGGUUGAGGACCCAACUUUUCUCAACCAGCUACAGUCUGGAGUUAACCGAUGGAUUAGAGAAAUACAAAAGGUGACCAAACUGGAUCGAGAUCCUGCGUCAGGCACGGCUUUACAGGAAAUUAGUUUCUGGCUGAACUUGGAACGUGCUCUGUACCGCAUUCAGGAGAAGCGUGAAAGCCCGGAAGUCCUCCUGACGCUAGAUAUCUUGAAACAUGGCAAACGUUUUCAUGCUACUGUCAGCUUUGACACGGACACAGGUCUAAAACAGGCACUGGAAACUGUAAAUGACUACAAUCCACUGAUGAAAGACUUUCCUUUGAAUGACUUGUUGUCUGCUACUGAACUGGACAAAAUAAGACAGGCACUUGUGGCAAUAUUCACCCAUCUGAGAAAAAUCAGAAAUACAAAGUACCCCAUUCAAAGGGCACUGCGUCUAGUGGAAGCCAUUUCAAGAGACCUGAGUUCUCAGCUACUUAAAGUAUUGGGAACCAGAAAACUGAUGCAUGUUGCCUAUGAAGAGUUUGAAAAGGUUAUGGUUGCAUGUUUUGAAGUCUUCCAUACUUGGGAUGAUGAAUAUGAAAAACUUCAAGUGUUGCUGAGAGACAUUGUGAAGAGAAAGAGAGAAGAGAAUCUGAAGAUGGUGUGGCGUAUCAAUCCUGCUCACAGGAAACUGCAAGCUCGUCUUGAUCAAAUGAGGAAGUUCAGGCGCCAGCAUGAGCAGCUGAGAGCAGUUAUUGUGAGAGUCUUAAGACCUCAGGUCACUGCUGUUGCCCAGCAGAAUCAAGGAGAUGUACCUGAACCCCAGGAUAUGAAGGCAGCAGAAGUCCUUUUUGAUUCUGCAGAUGCUAAUGCUAUUAAAGAAGUAAAUCUUGCUUAUGAGAAUGUUAAAGAAGUAGAUGGCUUAGAUGUUUCUAAAGAAGGUACAGAAGCCUGGGAGGCAGCAAUGAAACGGUAUGAUGAAAGAAUUGAUAGGGUUGAAACAAGAAUAACUGCUAGUCUACGAGACCAGCUUGGCACAGCAAAGAAUGCUAAUGAAAUGUUCAGGAUCUUCUCCAGAUUCAAUGCUUUGUUUGUCAGACCUCACAUUCGGGGUGCUAUUCGUGAAUAUCAAACACAAUUGAUCCAGCGUGUAAAAGAUGAUAUCGAGUCUCUUCAUGAUAAAUUCAAGGUACAAUACCCACAAAGUCAGGCUUGCAAAAUGAGUCAUGUUCGUGACUUGCCUCCCUUGUCUGGGUCUAUAAUCUGGGCCAAACAGAUUGAUCGACAGCUCACAGCCUACAUGAAGCGUGUUGAAGAUGUGCUUGGCAAAGGUUGGGAGAACCAUGUUGAAGGUCAGAAGCUGAAGCAGGAUGGAGACAGCUUCCGUAUGAAGCUCAGCACUCAAGAAAUAUUUGAUGACUGGGCAAAGAAGGUUCAGCAGCGCAACCUUGGUGUGUGUGGCCGUAUCUUCACUAUUGAAAACACUCGUGUUAGAGGCCGAAUUGGAAAUGUCCUCAAACUAAAAGUCAACUUUCUCCCAGAAAUAAUAACACUCUCAAAAGAAGUCCGCAACCUUAAGUGGUUUGGAUUUCGUGUUCCACUUGCAAUUGUCAACAAAGCUCACCAAGCAAACCAGCUCUAUCCUUUUGCUAUUUCUCUGAUUGAAAGUGUCCGUACGUAUGAACGUACUUGUGAGAAGGUGGAAGAGCGUAACAGUAUUUCUCUGCUGAUAGCCGGUCUAAAGAAGGAAGUGCAGGCUUUGAUUGGAGAAGGAAUUGCCCUGGUGUGGGAGUCAUACAAACUUGACCCCUAUGUACAACGCCUAGCAGAGACUGUCUUCAGCUUCCAAGAAAAGGUGGAUGAUCUGCUCAUUAUUGAAGAAAAAAUAGACCUGGAAGUUCGAUCCUUGGAAACCUGCAUGUAUGAUCAUAAGACUUUUUCAGAAAUCUUGAACAGAGUUCAAAAAGCUGUGGAUGACUUGAAUCUUCAUUCAUAUUCCAAUUUGCCGAUCUGGGUCAAUAAGUUGGAUAUGGAGAUUGAACGAAUACUAGGAGUUCGUCUACAGGCUGGGCUGAGAGCUUGGACCCAAGUUCUUCUUGGACAAGCUGAUGAUAAAGCAGAAGUUGACAUGGAUACAGAUGUGCCUCAAGUCAGUCACAAGCCUGGUGGGGAGCCAAAGAUCAAAAAUGUUGUACAUGAACUGAGGAUAACCAACCAGGUGAUCUAUUUGAAUCCACCAAUUGAAGAAUGCAGAUAUAAGCUCUAUCAAGAAAUGUUUUCCUGGAAAAUGGUAAUACUAUCACUACCCAGAAUUCAAAGUCAAAGAUACCAGGUGGGUGUACACUAUGAGUUGUCUGAGGAAGAGAAGUUCUAUCGGAAUGCCUUAACACGGAUGCCUGAUGGUCCUGUAGCACUGGAGGAGUCUUAUUCGGCUGUUAUGGGCAUUGUGACAGAGGUUGAACGGUAUGUUAAGGUAUGGCUGCAGUACCAGUGCUUAUGGGAUAUGCAAGCUGAAAACAUAUAUAACCGUCUUGGAGAAGAUUUAAAUAAGUGGCAAGCCCUCUUAGUUCAGAUAAGGAAGGCUAGAGGAACCUUUGACAAUGCAGAAACCAGGAAGGAAUUUGGACCUGUUAUCAUAGACUAUGGGAAGGUACAAUUUAAGGUGAACCUGAAAUAUGACUCUUGGCAUAAGGAAGUACUCAGUAAAUUUGGCCAAAUGCUAGGUCAGAACAUGACAGAGUUCCACUCUCAAAUUUCUAAGUCCCGUCAAGAGUUGGAGCAGCAUUUAGUGGACACUGCUAGUACAUCAGAUGCAGUGACAUUCAUCACAUAUGUACAAUCCCUGAAACGUAAAAUCAAGCAGUUUGAGAAACAAGUUGAGCUUUACCGCAAUGGUCAGCGCUUGCUAGAGAAACAGAGGUUCCAGUUCCCUUCCUCCUGGUUAUACAUUGACAACAUUGAAGGAGAGUGGGGUGCUUUCAAUGACAUAAUGCGUCGCAAGGAUUCUGCCAUUCAGCAACAAGUAGCAAACUUGCAAAUGAAGAUCGUUCAAGAGGAUCGAGCAGUGGAGAGCCGUACAACUGACCUGCUGACUGACUGGGAGAAAACUAAGCCUGUGACAGGAAACUUGCGUCCAGAGGAGGCUCUUCAAGCACUUACCGUUUUUGAAGGGAAAUUUGGUAGGUUGAAAGAUGAUCGUGAGAAAUGUGCAAAGGCCAAAGAAGCUCUUGAGCUAACAGAUACAGGACUACUCAGUGGCAGUGAAGAACGUGUGCAGGUAGCUUUAGAAGAGUUACAAGACCUCAAAGGAGUUUGGUCUGAGCUUUCUAAGGUCUGGGACCAGAUUGAUCAGAUGAAGGAGCAGCCAUGGGUUUCAGUACAGCCUCGCAAGCUUCGACAAAAUUUGGACGGCUUACUGAACCAGUUGAAAAACUUCCCCGCUCGUUUGCGGCAGUAUGCCUCCUAUGAAUAUGUUCAGAGACUUCUGAAGGGUUACAUGAAGAUAAACAUGUUGGUGAUUGAACUGAAAUCUGAGGCUCUUAAAGAUCGUCACUGGAAGCAGCUGAUGAAGAGACUUCAUGUGAACUGGGUUGUCUCUGAACUAACCCUGGGACAGAUCUGGGAUGUUGACUUGCAGAAGAAUGAAGCAAUUGUGAAAGAUGUACUUCUUGUGGCUCAGGGAGAGAUGGCUUUGGAAGAGUUCUUGAAACAGAUAAGAGAAGUGUGGAACACUUAUGAACUGGAUUUGGUUAACUAUCAGAACAAAUGUCGUUUGAUUCGUGGUUGGGAUGAUCUCUUCAACAAGGUCAAGGAGCACAUUAACAGUGUGUCUGCCAUGAAGUUAUCACCAUACUACAAGGUGUUUGAAGAAGAUGCCCUUAGCUGGGAGGACAAAUUGAAUCGCAUCAUGGCACUCUUUGAUGUCUGGAUAGAUGUCCAAAGGCGAUGGGUCUAUCUGGAGGGGAUCUUCACUGGUAGUGCUGAUAUUAAGCACUUACUGCCUGUUGAAACACAGAGGUUCCAAAGCAUCAGUACUGAAUUUCUGGCACUUAUGAAAAAAGUAUCCAAAUCUCCCCUUGUGAUGGAUGUUCUUAACAUCCAAGGUGUACAAAGGUCACUGGAGAGAUUAGCAGACUUGCUUGGAAAGAUCCAGAAAGCAUUGGGAGAAUAUCUGGAGAGGGAGAGAUCCUCCUUUCCUCGGUUCUACUUCGUUGGUGAUGAGGACUUGCUCGAAAUCAUAGGAAACAGCAAGAAUGUAGCUAAGCUCCAGAAACAUUUCAAGAAAAUGUUUGCUGGAGUUUCUAGCAUCAUCCUGAAUGAAGAUAACACUGUUGUUCUGGGGAUCUCAUCACGAGAAGGAGAGGAGGUGCUGUUCAAAACACCUGUGUCUAUCACAGAACAUCCUAAGAUCAAUGAGUGGCUCACACUUGUUGAAAAAGAAAUGAGGGUCACACUGGCAAAGCUGCUAGCUGAGUCUGUUACUGAAGUAGAAAUCUUUGGUAAAGCAACUUCAAUUGAUCCAGUUCUCUAUAUUUCUUGGAUUGACAAAUAUCAGGCCCAGCUUGUUGUCCUGUCAGCCCAAAUUGCAUGGUCAGAGAAUGUGGAAUCUGCUCUGAAUGGCAUGGGUGGUGAUGGAGACAGCAGUCCUCUGCACUCUGUGCUGGCUAAUGUUGAAGUCACGCUGAACGUGUUAGCAGACUCUGUCUUGAUGGAACAGCCACCUCUCCGCAGAAGGAAAUUGGAACACUUGAUUACAGAGUUAGUGCACCAAAGAGAUGUUACAAGAUCACUGAUCAAAAGUAAGAUUGACAACUCCAAAUCCUUUGAGUGGCUCAGCCAGAUGCGAUUCUACUUUGACCCAAAACAGACAGAUGUGUUGCAACAGCUGUCCAUUCAGAUGGCAAAUGCCAAAUUCAACUAUGGCUUUGAGUAUCUUGGUGUUCAGGAUAAACUAGUUCAGACUCCUCUUACUGACCGCUGUUACCUGACAAUGACGCAAGCCUUGGAGGCAAGACUUGGAGGCUCACCUUUUGGUCCUGCUGGUACUGGUAAAACAGAAUCUGUAAAGGCCCUUGGACACCAGCUUGGCCGCUUUGUUCUGGUUUUCAACUGUGAUGAAACAUUUGACUUCCAGGCAAUGGGACGCAUCUUUGUGGGGCUUUGUCAAGUGGGCGCCUGGGGCUGCUUUGAUGAGUUCAAUAGACUUGAGGAGCGCAUGCUUUCGGCUGUUUCUCAGCAGGUUCAAUGCAUCCAGGAAGCCUUGCGAGAACAUUGCAAUCCAAACUAUGACAAGACUUCUGCACCUAUUACUUGUGAGCUGCUGAAUAAACAAGUUAAAGUGAGCCCAGACAUGGCUAUCUUCAUCACCAUGAAUCCUGGUUAUGCGGGUAGAUCAAAUCUUCCAGACAACUUGAAGAAGCUGUUCCGUAGUUUGGCGAUGACAAAGCCAGACCGCCAGCUGAUUGCCCAGGUCAUGUUGUACUCCCAGGGUUUCCGUACUGCUGAAGUGCUUGCCAAUAAGAUUGUCCCAUUCUUCAAGGAUUAUAUCCCAGUGGAUCAGGAAGAGCUGAGAGACUAUGUAAAAGCCAGGCUGAAAGUGUUUUAUGAAGAAGAACUUGAUGUGCCACUAGUGCUGUUCAAUGAAGUUUUGGAUCAUGUGCUAAGAAUUGACCGAAUCUUCCGCCAGCCUCAGGGUCACUUGCUUCUCAUUGGAGUUAGUGGAGCAGGGAAAACGACUCUCUCGCGAUUUGUGGCUUGGAUGAAUGGUUUAAGUGUUUACCAAAUAAAGGUUCAUAGGAAAUACACAGGUGAAGACUUUGAUGAAGAUCUGAGAACCGUCUUAAGACGUUCUGGCUGCAAGAAUGAGAAAAUAGCAUUUAUAAUGGAUGAGUCAAAUGUACUGGAUUCUGGAUUCCUGGAGAGAAUGAAUACUCUUCUGGCCAAUGGAGAGGUUCCUGGUCUCUUUGAAGGAGAUGAAUAUGCCACCCUUAUGACUCAAUGUAAAGAGGGAGCACAGAAAGAAGGUUUAAUGCUAGAUUCACAUGAAGAACUGUACAAAUGGUUCACCAGUCAAGUUAUUCGCAAUCUCCAUGUUGUGUUCACCAUGAACCCAUCUUCUGAGGGCCUGAAGGACAGAGCAGCUACUUCUCCAGCUCUCUUCAACAGGUGUGUCUUGAACUGGUUUGGAGACUGGUCAACUGAAGCACUGUACCAAGUUGGCAAAGAGUUUACAAGCAAAAUGGAUCUUGAGAAGCCAAACUACAUUGUGCCAGACUAUAUGCCAGUUGUGUAUGAGAAAUUACCACAACCGCCAUCACAUAGGGAAGCUAUUGUAAAUAGCUGUGUAUUUGUUCAUCAGACCCUUCAUCAGGCUAACGCUCGUCUAGCAAAACGGGGAGGCAGAACUAUGGCUAUCACACCACGUCACUAUUUGGACUUCAUCAACCAUUAUGCCAACUUGUUCAAUGAGAAAAGGAGUGAGCUGGAGGAACAGCAGAUGCAUUUGAAUGUUGGUCUUAGAAAGAUCAAGGAAACUGUUGACCAGGUGGAAGAACUGCGUAGGGACUUGAGAAUAAAGAGCCAGGAGUUGGAAGUAAAGAAUGCAGCAGCUAAUGACAAGCUGAAAAAAAUGGUGAAGGAUCAGCAAGAAGCCGAGAAGAAAAAGGUUAUGAGCCAAGACAUUCAAGAGCAGCUCCACAAACAGCAAGCAGUAAUUGCAGAUAAGCAAAUGAGUGUGAAGGAGGAUCUAGACAAAGUCGAACCUGCUGUCAUUGAAGCUCAGAAUGCUGUAAAAUCAAUAAAAAAGCAGCAUCUGGUAGAGGUCCGUUCUAUGGCCAACCCACCUGGAGCAGUGAAGCUAGCACUAGAGUCCAUCUGUCUACUAUUGGGUGAAAGUACAACUGACUGGAAACAGAUACGUUCCAUCAUUAUGAGGGAAAACUUCAUUCCAACUAUUGUAAACUUUUCUGCUGAGGAGAUCAGUGAUUCCAUCCGGGAAAAGAUGAAGAAGAAUUAUAUGUCAAAUCCAAGUUACAAUUAUGAAAUCGUAAACCGAGCAUCCUUAGCAUGUGGUCCCAUGGUAAAAUGGGCAAUUGCACAGCUGAAUUAUGCUGAUAUGUUAAAACGAGUAGAACCCCUCCGCAAUGAACUACAGAAACUGGAGGAUGAUGCCAAAGACAAUCAACAGAAAGCUAAUGAGGUAGAACAGAUGAUUCGUGAUCUCGAGGCCAGUAUUGCUCGCUACAAGGAAGAGUAUGCAGUGCUGAUUUCAGAGGCUCAAGCAAUUAAGGCGGACCUGGCUGCAGUUGAAGCAAAAGUAAACCGUAGCACGGCUCUCUUGAAGAGUCUGUCUGCUGAACGUGAAAGAUGGGAGAAGACAAGUGAAACCUUCAAGAACCAGAUGUCCACUAUUGCAGGAGACUGUUUGCUUUCAGGAGCUUUUAUUGCUUAUGCUGGGUACUUUGACCAGCAAAUGCGACAGAACUUGUUCACUACAUGGUCCCAUCACUUGCAGCAAGCAAAUAUCCAGUUCCGUACAGACAUUGCAAGAACAGAAUACCUUUCCAAUGCAGAUGAGCGUCUUCGCUGGCAAGCAAGUUCUCUACCUGCAGAUGACCUGUGCACAGAAAACGCCAUCAUGCUUAAGCGGUUUAAUAGGUAUCCACUGAUCAUUGAUCCUUCUGGACAAGCCACAGAGUUCAUUAUGAAUGAAUACAAGGACCGUAAGAUCACUCGUACUAGCUUUUUGGAUGAUGCUUUCAGAAAGAACUUGGAAAGUGCACUGAGAUUUGGUAACCCUCUACUCGUCCAGGAUGUGGAGAGCUAUGACCCAGUUCUGAAUCCUGUGCUGAAUCGUGAAGUCCGGAGAACUGGAGGUCGAGUGCUUAUUACCCUGGGAGACCAAGAUAUUGACUUGUCACCGUCCUUUGUCAUCUUCCUCUCCACCAGAGAUCCAACAGUUGAAUUUCCCCCGGAUCUCUGCUCUCGUGUUACGUUUGUCAAUUUCACAGUAACUCGCAGUAGUUUACAGAGCCAGUGUCUGAAUGAGGUCCUGAAAGCUGAAAGACCAGAUGUUGAUGAAAAACGUUCUGACCUCCUUAAACUUCAAGGUGAAUUCCAACUGCGUUUGCGGCAGUUAGAAAAAUCUCUGCUACAAGCUCUCAAUGAAGUGAAGGGACGUAUUUUAGAUGAUGACACAAUCAUAACUACUUUGGAGAACCUAAAGAAGGAAGCAGCAGAGGUCACCAGAAAAGUAGAAGAGACUGAUAUUGUCAUGCAAGAGGUGGAGACUGUAUCUCAGCAGUAUCUGCCACUUUCUACAGCAUGCAGUAGUAUCUACUUCACAAUGGAGUCACUGAAACAGAUACACUUCUUAUACCAGUAUUCUCUCCAGUUUUUCUUGGACAUCUAUCAUAAUGUCUUGUAUGAGAACCCAAAUUUGAAGGGAAUUACAGACCAUACCCAGCGUCUCUCAAUCAUCACAAAAGACCUCUUCCAGGUGGCUUUCAAUAGAGUAGCUCGUGGCAUGUUACAUCAGGAUCACAUAACCUUUGCUAUGCUGUUGGCCAGAAUUAAACUUAAAGGCACAAUUGGGGAGCCUACGUAUGAUGCAGAAUUCCAACAUUUCUUAAGAGGAAAAGAAAUUGUACUCAGCACAGCAUCUCUUCCAAAGAUCAGUGGACUUACAACAGAGCAAAUGGAAGCUAUGAUGAGAUUGAGUUGCCUUCCUGAGUUUAAGGACCUGGUUUCUAAGGUUCAAGCUGAUGAGCAAUUCUGUAUCUGGUUGGAGAGCAGUUCACCAGAGCAGACUGUGCCAUACAUUUGGUCUGAAGAAAAACCUGCAACACCUAUUGGGCAGGCCAUUCAUCGUUUACUCUUGAUCCAGGCAUUCCGUCCAGAUCGUCUGCUGGCCAUGGCACAUGCCUUUGUUUCAGCAAACCUUGGCGAAUCCUUUAUGUCUAUUAUGGAGCAGCCAUUAGAUCUGACACAUAUUGUAGAUACUGAGGUGAAACCUAAUACUCCUGUACUGAUGUGUUCUGUACCUGGCUAUGAUGCCAGUGGCCAUGUUGAAGAUCUUGCCACUGAACAAAACACACAGAUUACCUCUAUUGCUAUAGGCUCUGCUGAAGGAUUUAAUCAAGCAGAUAAGGCAAUAAACACGGCAGUGAAAUCUGGCAGGUGGGUGAUGCUAAAGAAUGUCCAUCUGGCUCCUGGUUGGUUGAUGCAGCUAGAGAAGAAGCUGCAUUCUUUACAACCUCAUGCUUGCUUCAGACUUUUCCUUACAAUGGAGAUAAAUCCCAAGGUGCCGGUGAAUUUGCUACGUGCUGGUCGGAUCUUUGUGUUUGAACCUCCUCCUGGUGUAAAGGCGAACAUGCUGAGGACGUUCAGUAGUAUUCCUGUUUCUAGAAUAUGCAAGUCUCCAAAUGAACGUGCUCGUUUAUAUUUCCUCCUUGCCUGGUUCCAUGCCAUCAUUCAAGAACGUUUGCGAUAUGCUCCCCUGGGCUGGUCCAAGAAAUAUGAAUUUGGUGAAUCUGAUCUGAGAUCUGCCUGUGACACAAUAGAUACAUGGUUGGAUGAUACAGCAAAAGGUCGCCAAAACAUUUCACCUGAUAAGAUCCCAUGGUCUGCUCUGAAGACAUUGAUGGCACAGUCCAUUUAUGGAGGUCGCAUUGAUAAUGAAUUUGAUCAGCGUCUGCUAAACACUUUCCUGGAGCGUUUGUUUACCACUUUGAGCUUUGAUAGUGAAUUCAAACUGGCUUGCAAGGUUGAUGGACAUAAGGAUAUUCAAAUGCCAGAUGGAAUCAGGUUACAUUACCAGUUUAUCUGAACUUCACCCGUGCUGAUCUGAUCUUCACUGUUGACUUUGAAAUAGCCACCAAGGAAGAUCCUCGCAGUUUCUAUGAACGUGGUGUUGCAGUCCUCUGCACAGAGUAACAAAAUAACGCUUUCUAACAGGAAAAUAGUAGUAAAAUUCAGUGUCUUUAAUCUAGUCUACAGUGUUAGUUUUAACUUCCAAGGGAUGGUUAAGUUGUCAGAAGGAUUGGUGUAAAGUUGACUUGAUAGAGGCUGGUGUACUUGAAAGGUGAUACUGAUGAUUUGAGGAAGAAUUGGAUGUGGUUUUUAGAUGGCUCUAGUUACAUGUGGUAAUGUUUGGUGGUUCUUACUACAUUAAAUAAAUUCUAUAGCAUGA